GCACCCGCCAGGCGCCCCGCCUCCAUCGCCGGCACUCCUGCGCCGCACAGGCCCUGGGUGCCCGCCCGGUGUUGCCCCCGUAACUCUCGAUUUCCGCGUGGGACUCGGGUCUGCGACACUGACCAUGGGGCCCCUGAGCCGGGAAGCCUGGGCCCAGCGCCUGGGAGCUUUCCGGGCCAGCCCAUCCGCCUUCAUGGCAGGUGCCGAGGGUGAGAAUUUGGGUCGCGAUCUGCUGAAUGAUCUGAGAAGUGAAAAGCUGAGCGAGCCAACCAAGGUUUCCUUGCUGGCCCUGAGCUUGGAGUACCCAGCCCAACUGUGGCCUGAUGCUCCUGCAGCAGAGGCGGCUGCUACUUUCCUGUUGGACACCUUGGUCCUUCUACCCCCACGGCCCUCAGUUCUCCGGCGGCCCCUGCUGCUGGCAGCCACCACAGUCCUGGUGGUAGGAGGCGCCCUGGGCCCCACUUCAGGAGCUUCCAGCCGGCUCCUGCCUCUACUUCUUGGCUUGGCCUUGGGCCAAGAUGUGGGGCGAGGCUUUGGGCCUGCCUCCGAACAGCGCCUUCUACAGGCCACAGCGUGUGAGUGCUUGCGAGAGCUGGAGAGCUGCAAGCCUGGGCUGCUGGGGGGCUCCCUGGGGGUGCUGCGGAGCCUACUGGGACAGGUGGGCCCUGUCCAGCCACUCAGCCUGCUGCUGGCACUUACUCUGUGCAAUACCUUGGUGUUACAGUCCAGGUCUGGGGCUGGCAUGCAAGGUCUGCUUAUGGCUGGGAUCUCCACUGGGGGUGGUCCCUGGGACUGGACACUAGCUGAAGAAGGUGAUGCCCACCUUCAGCCACAGGCACCCAGCUGGCCCACAGCCGAGGAGAGGGAGCAGGACCUUGUAGUGCGAGAACCCAGCCCUGAGGAUACCCGGGAGCUGAGGGCUGCUGUGGCUCAGCUUCUGGACACCUCUUACUUGCACCCUGUGGCCCAGGCCCAGCUCCUGUGGCUGUUGGGCUGGGCCCUGCGGGGUCUGCGGGGACAGCCACCAGUGCUCUUCAAGCCGCAGCUGGUUCGGCUGCUGGGCACUGCACAGCUGGCGCUGCUGCACUCUGUUCUUGCUCUCAAGGCGGCCUUCGGUGAGGCACUGUUCACUGCCCAGGACGAGGUCCUGCUGCUCCACCGGCUAACCUUGGCUGCCCAGCACCCAGCCCUGUCCCCACCCACCCAUCUCUUUUACCUUCACUGCCUCCUGAGCUUCCCGGAGAACUGGCCACUGGGCCCUGAGGGGGAAGAGGCUACGCCUUUGCUGCUGCGGCCCCAGCUUUGCCGCAGCCUCACGCCUAGUCUCCUGCAUGACCCAAUGACCCUCCUGGCCCGCCUUCAUUUGCUGUGCCUGCUCUGUGCGGAAGACGAGGAAGAGGAGAGAGGCCAGGUUCAGAGUCCACGGCAGUACAUGGAGAAGUUGCUGGCUGGCUUGCAGCAGAGGGCGGCUCUGGAUCAUGGCCCCCGGGCCUUGGCCACUCUCUUUUUCCAGGCCUCAUACCUUGUUACCAGCUGCCUGGCUGGGCAGCCGACAGUACUGACACCCUUGAUCCAUGGGCUGGCCCAACUGUACCGAGCUCGGCCUGUGCUGGCUCCCCACUUUGUGGACCUUUUGGAUCAGGUGGGGCCUGAGCUGGGGGAGCCCCUCAGAGAGGUGUUAAGGCAGGAGGUGGUAUCCAGGCCAGGCUGGGAUGAAGCUCUUCGCUGGCACCUGCAGAUGCUGGCAAAGGUGGCCGAGGGGGAUGAUCAGAGUGCCAUUCUCAGCUUUCUCCAGGCUGCAGCUGUCCACUGCACUGACUGGGGCCUACAGCAGGCUUUGCUGCGGGUCUGCAGCCUGUUGCGGACAGGCGGUGGGGGUGGACUGUCAGACUUGUUGCAGGUGCUGGCCAGGCAGCUGGAAGACCCUGAUGGGCGGGACCAUGCCCGUCUCUACUACAUCCUCUUGGCCCACCUGGCAGGGCCCAAGUUGGGGGUAGCCCUGGGCCCCUCACUUCCUGCACCUGCACUGGCCUCAUCACUGGUGGCUGAGAACCAGGGCUUUGCAGCAACACUGAUGGUGCAGGAGACCCCGGCCCCAAUUCGGCUGAGCGUGGGGCCCCAGAAGUUCAAAGGUCCACUGCCAGUGCUGCAGCUCCAGGUGGAGACACUGGAACCUGUCUAUUCUCUGGAGCUGCGCUUCCGUGUGGAAGGACAGCUCUACGCGCCCUUGGGGGCCCUCUAUGUGCCCUGCCUGUGUCCCAGCCGCCCUGCUCACCCUCUGGUCCUGCCCCUGCAGCCCCGACGCCCAGCCCCUGCACGGCUGUAUGUUCAGGCCCUUUACACUACACCGAGUGGCCUCACCUGCCAUGCUCACCUGCCCCCCCUGUCUGUGAACUUCUCUGACCUCUUUCUGCCUUUCCCCCAACCCCCCAAGGGGACUGAGUCAGAGUUCUUUGAAGGGCUCUGGGACUCCUGCCUACCAAAGGGUGCAGAAAGCCGUGUGUGGUGCCCUCUAGGGCCACAGGGACUGGAGACCUUGGUGUCUUGCCACCUGGAGCCCUUUGUGGUGGUGGCCCAGCCCCCCACCAGCUACCACAUAGCUGUCCGCCUGCCGCCCGACUCCAUGCUGCUACUGCGGCUGGAAGCAGCCCAGGUGGACGGAGUGCCUGUGGCUCUGCGGACUGAUGACUGGGCUAUUCUGCCCCUCGCAGGGGACUACCUUCGUGGGCUUUCAGCCUGCUGAGCGAGGCCCAGUGGGGGAGGGCUGUGUCCCUUAUGAGGACUGAUCUAAGAGUGGCUACUAAGGCCUGGUACAUACUCCUAUAAUUCCUGUCCCAUAAAAACCUGUAUUCACCAACAGCCCUCACUGGCUUGGUUUCUUUUGGACCCUAGAUAGGAGCAGGAUCCCUAUGGUAUAAUCAUAGGCCCCAAGAAUGUUCCAGACUAGUUGGAUGCUGGUAGCUCACGCCUGUAAUCCUAACUAUUCAGGAGGCAGAAAUCAAGAGGAUGGUAGCUUGAAGCCAGCCUGGGUAAAUAGUUUGUGAGACC